ACUGCUGUUGCGUGGACGUGUACCGAUAUCUAAAAGCCUCGAGGAAGGGCGAAGUUAUGACCCACGAAUUUCAAGUGGUUCAAAUAAUGUAAUGUGUCUAUUUUUACAGGGCUCGAAGAUCUCUGAAAUGAAAUAAAGACGAUUCAAGAGUUAUGAGAGGACUGUUUAUUUUGUACACAAUAAAAGAACCAUCGCUUAUUAAUCUUUUCAAAUAUUGUGCUUACUCUUCUUUAUCGACGGGUUAUAGCAGCCGCACGUGUAGGCAGGCGGCAACUCACUGUGAGGUUAACUCUCUUUCUUCUUGCGUGCGAAACUGUCCACGCUAGUCGAUCAAGAUGGGUCGACGACCAGCAAGAUGUUAUCGCUACUGCAAAAACAAGCCCUACCCGAAAUCACGUUUCUGUCGUGGUGUGCCAGACCCUAAAAUCCGCAUCUUCGACUUGGGCAAGAAAAAGGCCUCCGUAGAGGAUUUCCCACUAUGUGUACAUUUAGUGUCAGAUGAGUAUGAACAGCUCAGUUCGGAAGCUCUGGAAGCUGGACGUAUUUGCUGCAACAAGUACCUUGUCAAGAACUCUGGUAAAGAUCAGUUCCACAUCAGAAUGAGGGUACAUCCCUUCCAUGUUAUCCGCAUCAACAAAAUGUUGUCGUGCGCUGGAGCUGAUAGGCUUCAAACUGGAAUGAGAGGUGCCUUUGGUAAACCACAAGGUACCGUUGCUCGUGUCCACAUUGGACAACCAAUCAUGUCAGUCAGAUCCACUGACAGACAUAAGGCGUCAGUCAUUGAAGCUCUGCGUCGUGCCAAGUUCAAGUUCCCAGGUCGCCAAAAGAUCUAUGUCUCGAAGAAGUGGGGUUUCACUCGUUACAAUCGUGCUGAGUACGAAGCUCUCAAGGCCGCUGGACGAUUGGCCCUUGAUGGGUGCAAUGUUAAAUACUUGCCAGAACAUGGACCUCUGGCCGCAUGGAAAAAACACAGGGAAACUCUGGCUGCUUAAGAACCUAUCAAUAUUUGAAAUUGUAUAAUUGCAUUAAUACAAAAUUUCAAAUCUAAAAAAA